GUCUCGCCUCCCGACCGACACUCUCCCCGCCCAGGUCUGGGAAUACCAUCGGCGUCACUGAGUCGGUCGUAAAUUGGCGAAUUCUUGAAGUUCGGCGUCUUCGAACGACUUUGUAUUCAGUUCCUGGUUUAACUCUCGUGGUAAAUCAUCCCCAGCUAUGGCCACGGAUUUAACCCCGAAAUGGCACCCGCUGCCGGCAAUCCCUGGCCUUCCGGCCCUGAUGAUCUCACCGCACUUCGGCACCUCGUCAUACACACUUCAUGUCACCGACCUCGCCAACGUAUGGGUGGAGAGGCUGGGCCGAAAAGGCAUAUUGCUGCGAAGCCUUCAGGAAAACACAAGCAUCGACUUGAGCGAUGGCGACCCCAACCAGUGGGUUGUCUUUCUCUCAAAGCUUGACGCCGCCCUGAAUCCCACAUCGGCGGAUCACCAUAGCACUAGCCUUAGCCUGUCCGCAUCGUGUCCAGAUAGCACGUCUACGGGCAAUCUGGCCCUCCACGUCACAUGCGUGCUACCGGAGCCGCUCAUGCCACUUAGGUGGCCUAUCUACUUGACCAAGUGCCCCCCGGCCACUCUGACCACGGAACUUGUCUUGCCCCUCAUCCAAGCACAUCAUCACCGGAGCUUGGAGGUCGAGAAUCUGAUAGCGAGGCUGAAGGAGAAGGAUGCUGUGAUCGCGAAGCUAGUCGACAAGCUAGAUGCUAUGUCGAUGGGGCUGGAAAAUGUCUUCAAUUCCCUCCCUGGCAAGCGCAAGGCCUCACGAGAAACGGCCGAGGAGAAGGUCAAAGGCCUUGCUGCCUUUGAUGAAAGUGACUGGAGAUCGAAACUGGAUACUAGCCGAGAGCCACCUUGGGAUCUGGCACGCUUGCUUUCUACGGUCUUUGCCGAAUCGGGGUUGCGUUGGAGCGCAGAUCCUGAGAUCAGUGCUUCCGAUCAACUUAAUGACUGGUGGGUACAGCUAGACUCCAAUCCGCGUACCGCCAUCAAGCCCAAGAUGGAAAUACCGAAGGAAUCUCGGGAGACACCUCCCCGAGAAAGCAAAGCACCUCAAGGGAAUGACGACGAUUUCCAAGAGCAGACUCUGCCCCCACGCCUACAGUCUCAUAGGCGAAAGCGUGACGCCUUUCCAGCCGCGGACGGUUCGACUGGCGAGGGUGGUAGUGCUGCAGAAAUCCCCCAAAAUAGUCUAUCUCCCUCGAAAGAAAAUCCGCGUGCUCGAAUAGGUGUGCUUGGCGGCAGGGAGAGGACCGGCGAUGAAACUUCUGCCAGCCGGUCUUCUCGGACCAUCCGUGCUGACGGGGACGAAACCGCGUCGGAGCCCGAGAACGAGCCGGCGGAUCGAGAUGUCCCAAAACGACAGAUCCAGAAACUAGGUACCAUCUCCAAAUCGAGGAAGCUGUCAUCUUCGCCAGCGAAGGCCUCCUCUCCUAUACCUCUGCCAGCGGUAGUAGGUGAUAGUGGUGACGAGACGGCAUCCGGCUCCGACUCUGACGGCGGGCGAGAAGAGCCAGCGGGUAUUCGACCUUCUUCUCGAUCAAGUAUAACCCAGAAGAAGCCAAUUGGGCUAGGGCGGAUUGGUGGCAGAUCCAGAGCAACCCCGGAGCCAUCAGAACAACGGAGCGCGACACCGGCUGAAGAGGAGGACAUUAAGAUUACAAGUCCGACCAAGCCUCCUGGGCGGAAGCUUGGGGUAAUCGGAGGAAGAUCCAACGCCGGAAUAAAACGCCAACACACAGCAUCUCCGGCGAAACCGGCAGAGCCGGAGACUGAGGAACAGAGAGUGGAACGCAGGCGAGCUGACCUAGCGAAAGAGCUCGAACGCAAGGCCGCGGCACCGACGAAGAAGAAGCGGAAAUUCUAAGCGACACUCUAGUUCUUGAUCUUCUGGCGGUGGUAUUGAUACCCGUUGAUACCCCCGUUCUUGGAACGCUCGAAUUUGAGACGAUAUUGACCCUUACUCAAGGCCUAAGCAUACUCUGUCCCUGUUACAGCGCCCUAACUAAGUCCCUUGAAACAUGUGUUGUGCUAGAUAGAAAUUGCCUGUCCCGGGCGCUGCAGGGCCUUUAACUGACAACGAUGCACAUCCCCCCCCAUGUAAAUGGCUUUCGUGGCCUCUGGUAUAGUAUUAUUUGGCGUCGCGGAGUAGACAAAGGUUAUGUAACCUCGUGUCAAUAUCUCUCUAGUAAAAGAGGUAAUACACGUAUCCUCUAUGGGAGGACAACCUACAGUUCCACGAAAACAGACA